UCUUGAGUAACUUUCCUUCUUCUCAUUAGCCUUCACCUCACCUCAAUUGACAAUCUUCCUCUGCCCCUGUUCCAGUGUUCCCUCCCCUGCAUUUUGCAGCAGAAUUAAAAAAACAAUAGAACUUCUUUCAGUCUUUGUGAUCACCAAUGUCUUGCUCAGCGUUACAGGUCUGCCAAGAGGACCAUUUCAAAGAAGAAUCAGAAAUCACUCUUGAUGGAAGUGUUGAUCUCCAUGGCCGUCCUGCUAUCAGAGCCAAAUCUGGAAGAUGGGUUGCUGGAAUUAUCAUACUCUUGAACCAAGGUCUGGCAACCCUUGCAUUCUUUGGGAUCGGAGUGAACCUGGUGCUGUUCCUGACAAGGGUGGUGGGACAAAACAAUGCUGAAGCAGCCAACAAUGUGAGCAAGUGGACUGGAACUGUUUACAUCUUCUCCCUUGUGGGUGCUUUCCUCAGUGAUUCUUACUGGGGAAGAUAUAAAACUUGUGCUGUGUUUCAGGUCAUCUUUGUGAUAGGUCUAAUGUCCUUAUCCCUGUCAUCAUACCUCUUCUUGCUAAAACCUAAAGGUUGUGGGAAGGAAUCACUUCAAUGUGGGAAACACUCAAGUUUGGAGAUGGGGAUGUUCUACCUCUCAAUCUAUCUCAUUGCCCUGGGGAAUGGAGGUUAUCAACCAAAUAUCGCCACAUUUGGAGCUGAUCAGUUUGAUGAGGAGCACUCGAAAGAGGGUCGCUUAAAGGUGGCCUUCUUUAGCUACUUCUACCUAGCUCUGAACUUUGGGCAACUCUUCUCAAACACUGGUCUGGUAUAUUUGGAGGAUGAAGGAAUGUGGGCUCUAGGUUUCUGGGUGUCUGCAGGCUCUGCCUUUGCUGCACUGGUAUUGUUCCUUGCAGGCACCAAAAGGUAUAGACACUUCAAGCCCAGUGGAAACCCUCUCCCCAGGUUUUGCCAAGUCCUUGUCGCUGCAUCGAGGAAAUCGAGAGUUCAAAUGCCAUCAAAUGGAGAGGACUUAUUUAACUUGGAUACAAUGGAGUCUUCCACCAAUGCCAAUAGAAAAAUCCUCCACACUCACGGAUUCAAGUUCUUGGACAGGGCAGCGCUUAUAUCUUCAAGAGAUGUAGUGGACCAGAAAGACGGCCGUUACAACCCCUGGCGGCUCUGUCCUGUAAGUCAAGUUGAAGAAGUGAAAUGCAUACUGAGACUUCUUCCAAUAUGGCUCUGUACUAUAAUAUACUCCGUGGUUUUCACACAAAUGGCUUCUCUUUUUGUGGAGCAAGGUGCUGUCAUGGAUUCCACUGUUUUCCAUUUCAGAAUACCAGCAGCUAGCAUGUCUUGCUUUGAUAUCCUCAGUGUAUGUCUCUUCAUUUUCUUUUACCGUCGAGUUCUUGAUCCAUUUGUCGGAAAACUUAAAAAGUCAAACUCCAAGGGACUCACAGAGCUUCAGAGAAUGGGGGUUGGACUUGUUAUAGCUGUGAUGGCAAUGCUUUCAGCUGGAAUAGUUGAGUGCUACAGGCUCAGGUAUGCAAAACAAGAAUGUACCGACUGUAAAGACACGAGCACUUUAUCCAUCUUCUGGCAAAUCCCCCAGUACGCAUUCAUAGGAGCUUCUGAGGUGUUUAUGUAUGUAGGCCAGUUAGAGUUCUUCAAUGCGCAGACACCAGACGGCUUAAAGAGCUUCGGAAGUGCACUUUGCAUGACAUCAAUUUCCCUUGGGAACUACGUGAGUAGCUUAAUUGUUAGCAUAGUUAUGAAGAUCUCCACCGAGGAUCAUGUGCCAGGGUGGAUCCCUGCAAACCUCAAUAAAGGUCACCUAGACAGGUUUUUCUUCCUCUUAGCUGCCUUGACAUCGAUCGACUUGAUCGCCUAUAUUGCAUGUGCAAAGUGGUACAAGAAUAUACAACUGGAUGAGAAACGUGGUGGAGAGAAUAAUGAGCCUGGUAGCUUCUCAGUCUGAUUUGCAAGAGAUGUCAUUCUAAGGCAGUAGUAACAGCAUAUGUUAGUAAGAGAAAGAAAGGAGAAACUAGUCAAAAUAACCGUGGUUUACCAUUUCAAGAAAUUCCUUCAGGUUCACAGAAAGAGAAGCCCUUCCUGCACGAGUCUCUGGCCAUCUUCCAACUGGAGUUUGUAUUUACGACACCUUUGGAUUUUCAGUUUAUGUAUCUUCAAGCCUGAGUUAUGUAAACUAAACUUUGAUGAGACAAUGACUGUUUAGGGUCCUAGAAGCAUCCAUUCACCUUGUAAUUAAGUUCCAUUUUAAAGAAGUUACAUAUUGCUAUUUUAA